AUGACCCAUCGGACCUCACGUGGUUACGGCACAAUCAGCAGGCGUGGGGAGCCUUGUGACGAUGGCACACCGCGGUGGCAUGUGCAUUGGGAGCACCCACGCGAAGGACAACGCGACAAAGCCAUAGCUGAGACGUACCUGGAGCUGCCGCUCGUGCACCACAAGGAGCGCGUCCCGCCAGCUGGACUAGGUCAGCGGAUCCAGGUGGUGCUGGGCACGCACAGGCGUGCACUGGGCACAAUCGUUGCAAAGAGCGGCGAGGGCUGGACGUGCGAGCUGGAGGGCCAGAAGAUCCGCCACAACUUCAAAGGCGCCUACCUGCAUGCAAUGGGGCAGCCAGCUGAUGGGAAGACGCUGCAGCUGCCAGAGGUGGUGGAGCUUGUUACCGCCCUGCCCCUGAAAGAGGUGUAUGACUGGCUGUCUGAUCACCAGCUCAACCAGGCCGCACCUGUGGAUCUGCGCCGAGUGAAGCCCGACUCGGCAUUGCUGGAAGAGGUGUUCCUCGGCACGCGUCCUGUGCAAGGGCUUGCUGAUGCUGAGGUGCGGGCUCUACACUAUGCAGUUCCAGAAGAAAGCGGCGAGCAAGUGGACGCUCAGUAUGUCUGCUCCCAUGCAUCCAAGUGCAGCUGCCCGUACACGCUGGAGUUCCGGCAUGCGGCUGGCAGCGAGGGGGUGAGCGUGUGGCAAACAGCGCCCCACCAGUUCCAUGACCCCACCAGCGCCGACAGCCAGGCCCAGCUCCACAUGCACCCCCGCCUGGAGUCGAUGGCCACCGUGAUGAUCGAGAGUAGCGCCAAGCCCACGUCCAUCUGCACACGGCUGAACAACAUGGUGCAUGAUCCGGCCGACCCGCUGGGCCUCGGGGCCGGGACUACUGGGCUGAAGCACUUCAGCAGCGCCCGUGUCAACAUCAUCCCGCGGCAGAUCUAUGUGCUGAUGAGGAAUUUGCGGCGUGCUCAAGGCUUGGGCCUCACCAGCGACGUGCAGGCGAUGGUGGCUCUGAUUGAUGAGCUGAGAAGGGAGGGCUCUGUGCUGUUCUACCAGCCCUACAAACAGGCUGGCAGGCGCAGCGGGGAGCAGCCGCUGGUGAUUGUGAUGCAAUUUGGGCGGCGGCUGGUGUCCAUGGACGCCACGUUUGGCGUCAACAAAUACGGCUACCCACUCUACGCGCUGGUGGUGCAAGAUGAGAGCGGGCGCGGGGUGCCGGUCAGCUUCAUGGUGUGCAGCUCGGAUACGGCGGAGGUGGUGGAGCACUUCCUGCGCACAUCAAUGGAAGGGGCACAGGCGGCAGGGGAUGGCACCUUCAAGUACAAGUGCAUCAUGAUCGACAAGUCGAAGACGGAGAUUGCAGCGGUAGACCAGCUGGUGUCCACCGGGCAUGCCGAAGGAUACCUGCUCUGCUACUUCCACUUCCUGCCAGAUUGGGAACGCUUCCUCAGCAGCGGCGACGCGGCUGUGCCUAAGGCUGAGCGGCACCGUAUCAUGCUGGCGCUGGCUCGCCUAGCCCACAUGCAAGACCAAGCGCCGUUCAAACAAGAGCUGGCCCUCUUCAUCUUGAGCAACAGCCAGCAGCACCUCCUGGUGGCGCAGCGCAUGCAGAACAGCUGGGUGCCGUGCGCCGAGAAGUGGGCGUGGUGGGGGCGGCUGGACGUGCUGCACCUGCAGUGCAACACAAACAACCUCGGGGAGCGCAACUUUGGCCUCAUCAAGUACACCGACCUGGACCGCAGGGCGCAGCUGACGCUGCACGAGCUGCUGCUGGCGCUGCUCACCAAGACAGUGCCCCGCAACAUCCAGAAGCGCGCCCACAUGCUGGCGGGGCGGGUGACCAGCACAAGCAGCAGCGCGAGCAAAGGGCAGCACUUGGAGCAUGUGUGCGUCCACAUGCGGGCAGCCGCUGAGGUCGUCGGCUACACACACAAGCUGCGGCUGGAGACGGCAGCGCACCUGGUGGAGGCUGGGCUGAUUCAGGUGGACGAGGUGACAGGCAUCUGCACCACCUCCACGCUGGCCGACAUCACCAAGGCGGUGCACUGCCAGCCGCACGAGGGUGCCUGCACCUGCCACGGCCAAGCCCAGCACGGCAUCUGCUGCCACUUGCUGGUUGCCGCGAAGCUGCCAUUCUUUGUGGGAGCAGAGCUGCCGAUGGUGGUGCAGCUGGCAACGCCAGAAGACGCAUCUGAGCGCAUUUUGAUUAAGGGGCGCAUCUUCCAGCAGCCCACCAGCGAGCCGUUGGGCGACGACUGGGGGCAGGAGCUGCGCAUGCUUACCCGCGUGCGGCAGACAAGUGCCACAGCCAUCAAACAAGUGGUUACCAAUGUCGACGACACCACAGCAGCAACACGUGCCGACCUGAACUACGUCGGCCGCACAGUGGCAGAUCUGCCGGAGGGGGAGGAGAAGCAGGCUCUGUGUCAAGCCGUGAAAGACCUGCGGAGCAAGGCGGAGGAGAUGCGCCAGGCGGCACGCUUGGAGCCCACCAAGGUGCGAGCCGGCAAGCAAGCGCGGAGGAAGCAGGGACGCAAUGAGCAGGACAGGCUCACCCGCACGCUGCUGACCCGCAAGCACACGAACAGCUUGCCCCUGGCACAGCAGACAGCGGCAGCAGAGCGCAGCAACCCCUUGCCCACCCUGCGCCAGAAGGACAAGUCGGCAAUGAAGAAAAAGCGCCGCACAGAGGCGGCAGUGGGGGCGGCGGUGUAG